UGAAAAUUCACAAAUAACAAUAAAUUCACGGAGCACAGACCGAUCAGCGUUAGCAGAAAGCAAGGAGACGACAGAGAGAAGUAUGGGAGUGACAAAGGAGCAAGUUGAAUCUACUUUGAAGUCAAAAUUGAAUCCUUCUCAUCUUGAAAUAAUUGAUACAUCUGGAGGAUGUGGUGCCAGUUUUGCAAUUGAGAUUGUUUCAGAGCAGUUUGAAGGUAAGAGGUUGCUGGAGCGACAUCGACUGGUUAAUGCUGCUUUGGAAGAGGAGAUGAAAGAGAUUCAUGCCCUCUCAAUAAAGAAAGCUGUGACCCCAGGACAGUGGAAACAACAACUGGAGUCUGAAAAAUCUACAUCUGCUGCUUAAAAAUAUGUUUUCUGAGAUCUUCUAAGCAUGACUAGGCAAAAAAAUAUAAAUGUUGAACUAGGUUAAAUCACCUAGUUUUCAUGUUGCUUAAAUUCUGAUUUUAGCCUUAAAUGGCUUUCAUACAAUUAUAGAACUGAUAUUGCCUAGUAUUUUUCUGGAUGUUGCCAACAAAAACUAGCAAUUAUGAAUUGAAAAAAAACAGAAACAAUUACUCAAAA